AUGUUGUUUACAAUUCUUAGUUUACUUGUGCCAAGUUUAGCUGUUGCUGUUUCAAAUACUGGUGGUGCUGUCAAACUCGAUUUAACCAUUUCCGAUGAGCACAUGUACUAUAUUGAAAACCUUGCUUUAGGUACACCUCCGCAAUUUAUUUCAAAUGUUAUUGUCGAUUCAGGCUCUUCUGAUUUGAUGAUUGUGGACUCGAUCUACAACUUCUCGGCUUCUUCCAGUUUAUACAAUAGCAAUCAGACUGCCAUUAUGAAGUAUGGAUAUGGUGGUCAAUUCCCAGUUUAUUUCAUCAACGAAACCAUUAGAUCUAACGAUUGGAAGUUGUCCAAUUUGUCCGUGGGAUUGGCAAAUAUUUCUGAUAUGGAUUCAUUUUCGGGGAUCUUGGGAAUUGGAUUCACCCGACAAGAACUAUUCAAAACAAAUUAUCUGAAUUUCCCCUAUUUGUUGAAAGAUCAGGGUUAUACAAAAAGUGUUUUAUUUUCCUUCAAUGGCCAAGAUCAAAACCCAUCUAUUAUUUUUGGUGGUAUUAGUACCAACAUCAUCGACGGUCCAUUAGUUAGAGCCCCCUUUAUUAAAGUAAUCAGUUUUAUUAACCAAUUAGAUUAUUGGUUAAUGCCUACAUUCACUGUCAAUCAAAUCAAACUUGGUGAUACAAUUGUUUCCAACCAGAAAACCUUGUACCAAAUUGAUAGUGGCACCAACGGAUUUGUACCACCAACUCCCGUUUUAAACAACAUCUUGAAAAUAUUGGGUGAUGACUAUAUUCAGGAUGACAACGGCAAUAUUUACUUUGAUAUCAAAUACAUUGAAGGAUUAAAUAUUACUUUUAGUGUCCAAGGCUAUGAUAUUGGGUUUCAGUUAGUUGAUAUUGUUGGUGAUACCAUAGAGAGAAACAGUACCACUUUCGUUGCUUUGAAUGUUGCCUCUUGUGAUAUCGGCUACAAUGCCUAUGAAGGUUUAUUGCCAAAUUUAAUUUUCAAAUAUCAUUAUGCCAUUUUUGAUUAUGAUAAUGCUCAAAUUUACUUUGGAAAGUAUAAGAAUUCAAAUGGGGAGGCGAAUGUUGUCGCUGUAGAAAAUGGCUACCAGUUACCGGUACCCACUGUUGAUGUCCCGGAUGUUGAAGAUACAUACUCGGUAAUCUAUAUUGCUGAAAGUGAAACCACUGUUACAGUUGCUCCCACAGAAGUACAAUCAACAUACUCAUCAUUCAGUAUUUCCGAAGGUACUUCAAGUAAUCUAACUUCCGGUUCAACUAGUGAUGACAAGAUUACAAGUGUAACCUCUAACCCACAGUAUUGUUAG